UUGCCUACCUGCUUGGGCUUGCGACGUUUUUCUUUGAACAAGCUGCUAGUGCUAAAAGCACAAAACAAAGUGUAAAGUGAUACGGAAAAGAAAGGACAUUUUUAUUCCGUAGAAUUUAGUGCAAUCGUUUAGUGAAAGUUAUAGCAGUUAUCGCCAAAUUCUCAAUAAAAACGUGUGAUUUCUUUUAGUGAUGUAGUAUUCCCUCGAAAACGCCAGAAUAUUCGAGUUUUCUCGGUUUUUCAUUCCCCUCACAAAGAGGUGAAGUAGAGUUUGGUUUUUCUUCUCUUCAUUUGUAUGGGAAACGCUAGCAGCAGUAGUACCAUCAUUCAAUCAAAGGAGGAAUCUGCUGCUGUGAAACCGUCAUCAACAUUAUCACCAUCAUCAUCGUCAUCGUCAAAGUCAUCAUCUUCAUUACCAUCAUCGCUGCUUACGAUCAAGGAACCAAAACACCCGAGACAGAUAAGAAUAAGACAUUCUACUAGCAGUCUGGACGGCGUGCUUGGCCGUUUCAACGAGAGUUUUCACAAGUUUUCCAGCUCGUUAUCUUGUUCGGCCCUACCCGGGGUCGAUUCUAAACGGAAACGUCAACCAAACAGCAAUAUCCGCCCUUGGUGUCGUGUGUCGCGUAGAAGGUGGCAUGAAUCGACGCUAGCCAGUGAGCAUCUGCUGUCGAAAACCUGCUGGCCGGUAACGAAUGCUGAAGCGUUUUUCCUGCCGCAUUUUCCUGUCAACUGCAACGCCGAGCGGCACUAUCGAUUCUUGGACCAUAUAGCAAACGGUGCGUUCGGUAAGGUUUAUAAGGUGCAAACGGUCACCGACGGCGACGACGACGACGAUAAAAAGACGGUGUAUGCGCUGAAGGUGCUCAGUAAGGCAGAGAUUAUCAACGGCAGUGCUAUCAAGCAACUGAAGGACGAAGUAGAUAUACAGACCGUAUGCGGUCAUCAUCCGUUUUUGGCUAAAUGUGUACGCUAUUGGCAGACUAAGAAAAAGAUUUAUCUGUUGUCACACUUCUAUCCCAACGGUGAGCUAUUCCAGAAGCUGAAGGACUUUCCUCGUGAGCUGGUUCGAUUGUACGUCGCGGAAAUCGCCCUAGCCCUUGAUUUUCUUCACCAGGCCGGUAUAAUCUAUCGUGAUUUGAAACCGGAAAAUGUACUGCUCGACCAGGACUACCACAUUCGCUUGAUCGAUUUCGGCUUGAGCAAGUGGCUGAGCAUUGGUUCCCGUACGCAGACACUGUGCGGCACGUUGCAGUACAUGGCUCCUGAACUUCUGUCCGGUGAACCAUACGGCCACGCAAUCGACUGGUGGGCCAUGGGAGUACUGGCCUGUCGCAUGUACACCGGUGAGUAUCCGGAGCUCGAUUUGGAAAUGUUUUUGAACAAAUCCAACGAAAUCGACAAACUUAUCCAGGGUGGCAAUGCCCGUCGUAAGCAAACCGAAUCAACAAAGCUGUUGCCUGAAUCGGUUUCGGCCCUUCCGCCAGAAGAACAGGACCUACUAAGGCGACUGCUGGAAACGAAACCUCAAUACCGGCUUCGUUCGGUUUUGCAGUUGCAGCGCAUCGCGCUGUACAAAGAUUAUAACUGGGAUGCAGUGCGAACCAAGCAAAUUUCACCGAAGCAAUUGAUUGAGAUGUGCACUUCAACGAGCAAUAGAACAGGUGGAGAAGCCGUUGCACGGUCGUCGUCGUCGUCGUUCGACUUCAAUUGGUAGUUAUUAGCACCACAUAAAAAUAAAUAUUACGCUGAGGUAACCACAUCGGAAAGGUUCGAUCUACGACGGCGAAUCAAACGCGAUUCACAGAUUUAAUGAUUGAUGCCACCACAGUUGAAGCCUCAUCGCGGCAAAGUAGAUUUUUCUAGCCAUCAGCAACACCAACAACGGUCAGCAACAGCCAGCAUGUGGAUAAACAAAUUAAAAUAACACAUUCGUCUAAAAUAACAAGCUUGUUUAUCGCCAGUAGUGGAGAGGAUGUAAAUCGCUUCGCUUCGCGCAAGAAUUCUUUGGUAAAAAUUAAGUGCCAUUAUUAAGUAAUGAGUGUUCAACCUUCAAUAUCGGUGUUGUUCACCGUGGUGUAAAGCUGACAAAGUGAAGCAAAAGUACGCUGAAUCUCUGUUGUAGAUUUUAAUCUAGAGUAUAUAAUCUCAGAAGCCAAUCUUCGCCCGGUUGAGUUAGAGAAUCUCGAUCAGCCGAGCGAUUAGAGGCAAAGGCUGCGAUGGUGAUGCUGCUUUCUGCUUCACCAAACCAUCCGUCCACGUUUACCUAGAACCUAGCAAAUGACAUAGAUGUAGUUUUAAGAGCCAUUCUAACUAAUUAGGAAGAUAAAACUUAUC